CAGCGGUGCGGCGCGGCGCGGCUACUGGCGAGCAGAGGGGAUCGGCGCGGUACGGUGCGGCGGCACUGCCGGGGAAGCGGCGAUGGCUGAUUACUGGAAAUCUCAGCCAAAAAAAUUCUGCGACUACUGCAAGUGCUGGAUAGCAGACAACAGACCUAGCAUUGAUUUUCACGAAAGAGGAAAAAAUCAUAAAGAAAAUGUGGCAAAAAGAAUUAGUGAGAUUAAAAAGAAAAGCUUGGAAAAAGCAAAAGAAGAAGAAAACAUGUCCAAAGAAUUUGCAGCAAUGGAGGAGGCUGCAAUGAAAGCGUAUCAAGAGGAUUUGAAAAGGCUUGGAAUUAAGCCAGAUGAAGUAGGUCCCAGUUCAAUGCAGACUAAAGCACAGAGUAACACAGAGGAGGCUAAAGAAAAGAAAGAGAAGAAAGAGAAGAAGGAAAAGAAAGAAAAGAAAAAAAAGACCCCUCAAGACACCUCAGUGCCAGCAAAAUCGGAAACAAAGGAAUGGGUGCAAGGACUUUCUCCUGAAGGCUAUACCUAUUACUACAACACAAGAACAGGAGAAUCACAGUGGGAGAAACCUAAAGACUUCCAAGGCAACUCUCCAAACUCACAAACGGGAGCAGAGUGGGUAGAAGGUGCCACUGAAGAUGGUCAUACCUACUACUAUAACACACAGACAGGAGUGUCCACAUGGGAGAAACCAGAUGGUUUUGUUUCAUCUUCAAAUGAGAAGAGUCAACGUCACUCAUCUGAAUCAGACUCAGAAGGUAGUGAAAACGAAGCACAGAGUUCAGAAACAAAUUUCAAGAGGAAAGGAGAUAAUGGUGAAGGAUCAGAGGAAAGCAAAAAAUCUACCAAAGCUAAAAGGUUAAGUCCUUAUGGGAAAUGGCGAGAAGUAAAGGCAGAAGGAACUGCUGAUAAAGAGGAGACUACAUCAGCUUCUCCAGAAACCUCCAGUGAUGCACCUAAUGAGAGCAAGCCUCUUGGAAAAUGGAAAGCAAUUGGUGAAACAGAAGAAGAACCACCAUGUGAAAGUGUGGACCUGGAGCUUCCUAGUACAGAGAGUGACACUCUGCCACCUCCAGUGCUAGAUAUUCCAGAAGAAGAAACAGUGAUCUUUAAGGAGAAGACUGUCAGCUCCCUUGGAGACCUGACUGAAGGGGUGCCAACAUUUAAAAAGCGGAAAUUUGAAAACGGAAAAUCCAGAAACUUAAGACCAAGACUAAGUGAUCAGUAACACCUCCAAAAACUCCUUUUAGGUUCUGUCUAAGCUAGAGUGAAUCAGACAUUCAAUAUUUUAAACAGGCUUUUAUAGAGAAAAUAUUGACUAGAAAUUAAGGAUUUGUAGGUAUUAAAAAUAAGUAAGUUGUAAUAUUUUUUUAUUUUGAUGUGGUUGGGUUUUUGGAAUGGAAGUUUGUGUUGUGUCACUCAUGCAGUAUUGUAAAUAUGUUUAAUUUUUUAUCUAUGCCAUCCAUCUACGUUUGAUUUGCUGUGUCUAUACUGUUUUAAGUACACUGCAUAAGGUCUUUCCCUAAGCUUCAUUUGCUGUGUCUAUACUGUUUUAAGUACACUGCAUAAGGUCUUUCCCUAAGCUUCAUUUGCUGUGUCUAUACUGUUUUAAGUACACUGCAUAAGGUCUUUCCCUAAGCUUCAUUUGCUGUGUCUAUACUGUUUUAAGUACACUGCAUAAGGUCUUUCCCUAAGCUUCAUUUGCUCUGUCUAUACUGUUGUAAGUACACUGCAUAAAGUCUUUGACUGGAUUUGAUUUGCUGUGUCUAUACUGUUUUAAGUACACUGCAUAAGGCUUUUGACUAAGUUUGAUUUGCUCUGUCUAUAUUAUUGCAAAUACAUUGCAUAAGGUCUUUCCCUAAGCUUCAUUUGCUGUGUCUAUACUGUUUUAAGUACACUGCAUAAGGCUUUUGACUAAGCUUCAUUUGCUGCCUAUACUGUUUUAAGUACACUGCAUAAGGCUUUUGACUAAGCUUGAUUUGCUGUGUCUAUACUGUUUUAAGUACACUGCAUAAGGCUUUUGACUAAGCUUGAUUUGCUGUGUCUAUACUGUUGUUAAGUACACUGCAUAAAGUCUUUGACUGAAUUUGAUUUGCUCUGUCUAUACUGUUUUAAGUACACUGCAUAAGGCUUUUGACUAAGCUUCAUUUGCUGUGUCUAUCCUGUUGUAAGUACACUGCAUAAGGCUUUUGACUAAGUUUGAUUUGCUCUGUCUAUACUGUUUUAAGUACACUGCAUAAGGCUUUUGACUAAGUUUGAUUUGCUCUGUCUAUACUGUUUUAAGUACACUGCAUAAGGUCUUUGACUGAAUUUGAUUUGCUGUGUCUAUACUGUUGUAAGUACACUGCAUAAGGCUUUUGACUAAGCUUCAUUUGCUGUGUCUAUCCUGUUGUAAGUACACUGCAUAAGGUCUUUGACUGAAUUUGAUUUGCUGUGUCUAUACUGUUGUAAGUACACUGCAUAAGCUUUUGACUAAGCUUGAUUUGCUCUGUCUAUCCUGUUGUAAGUACACUGCAUAAGGCUUUUGACUAAGUUUGAUUUGCUGUGUCUAUACUGUUUUAAGUACACUGCAUAAGGCUUUUGACUAAGCUUGAUUUGCUGUGUCUAUCCUGUUGUCAGUACACUGCAUAAGGUCUUUGACUAAGCUUGAUUUGCUCUGUCUAUACUGUUGUAAGUACACUGCAUAAGGUUUUUUACUCCUUUUCUAAGUAUGCAAGAAAGCAGUAAGCCUUAAUCUGGUAAAAAAAAAAAAGUUGCAGAUGUUUUAUUUUUACAGAUGAAAUGGAUCAGAGGCACACACUGUAGAGUAAAAUCAUUCCUUGAGAUUGUUUAUGUGGAGUAGUUUCCCAACUAAUGAGUAAAAAUACUGUGCUUACUAACCUAUGGCUAAUCACUUGCAAAAGGGUAGGUGGUGAGACUGCCAACAUUUCAAACAGAUGAUUUGAAAGCUGUUUUUAGAGGAGUUAGUCACAACGGUGCCACUCAUCCCAAUUGACAGUCUGAGAAAUUAUUUCUGUACUUGUAUGACAAAUGUAUUAAACCUCUGCAGAGGAUUUAAACCUGGUGAAGUUUAGCUUUAAUGAUAGCAACAGAGCCAGCCCUGUUGGAAUAGGUAUUUUCGUGGUGUCUUCCUACUUUGCUUUACUGUUGUCUCUGAUUGCAUUUUUUUCUCACUUUACACAUCAGGGUCUCUUCUUACGGUCUUGUUUUCUUCUUGUCUCUUUUGAUGUAAAGAACCAGGGUUAUUUCCCUGAUAUUUCACGACCAAAGACCUGGCCCUGCUGCAGCAUACAUCACCCUUUUUGAGGUUGAUCAGUUUUGUCUGCUGAUGUAUUGUGUCGUUGGCAAGUGUUUGCUAAACUGAGAGGGGCUAAAUCCAUUGAAGCUCCAUUGUUCUAAGAACAAAAGAUGGCCAAGCAGAGCUGAUGGCAGUAUUGUCCAAGAUGGCUUGGACGUUUUCUUAAGGAUUGUAAGUUUGAUUUCUUCACACAGUGGAUAGGUCUACAUUUAGCAUCAUCAAGAUUUGUCGGCUGUGCAAGAAUCUAGCUACGCUGAUUGCUUCUCACAGUAUCAAACAGUAGACCACAGCAGUUCAAAUUAUUAAGCCAACAAAAAACACAUCUCUUGUUCCUAAAGCUGUGUUUUGUUCAGGAGAUACUCAGUCAAAAGCAGAGGAUGCAGCUUAAAGAGUUGUCAGUCCAGCUACAGCGAAAUAGAGUUUGUAACUGCUGAGCCUGAACUGCAUUGAGAAAACAACUCUCAGUCUGCCAGAGCAGCAGAGAAAGGAGUGCAAGACAGAGACUCCUGUUUAUCAUGGAUUACAAAGGAAGCUGCAGCCCUUUUUUGUGUUCUGUGACAUUUUCUGUGUAUAGGCUCGAGUUAAGCAUCACAUUUAAUCCCACAUGUUUCCCUGACUUUAUCAGACUCUUUUUUCUGAUGUCUUGAGAACAUUGGAAGCUUCCUGUAGUACCUAGCCUUAGAUGGUCACUUAGAAAUGCAGAAUGGAGGCUGGAUGCUCUCACAGUCAUAGAUGCAGGAAUAUACAGCAUAGUCCACAUCAAAGACCACAUCUGCAAGGCUAGCACAGUCAGGUGUCUUUAAAGCCGAUUUUGGGUUUACUCUUCCUUGAAUGCUACACCAGCAGGUAGGAACCUGCUUUAACUUGCAGCCUCUCUGUGUCUGUGACCAAUUUACACUAAUUGCCUCACAAUUUACACAAGUGUUUGCCCUUCUGCUAAGGAGCUUUUUUCCCCUCUCCAAACCACCACGUCUUUUUGGAUUCACAUAGAGCAUCCCUGUGUGACAAAACCUUCAGUGCUCCAGCAGCACUUAUCUUCAUGCAUUCACAGAAUGUUAGAGGUUGGAAGGAACCUCCAGAGAUCAUUCCAGACAGAGUUUGCCUAGAGUCUGUGUUCAAGGAAGAUUAAGGCCACGUGUGAUGUCACUAAUACUUCCUUAGCAUAUUGCAAGUAACUCUUGAUGCAUCCCUAAACCACGUUUGCCUUUCACAUGACUGCAUCGUGCUGUCUGCUGUGGGUGCCCUGUGAUUUACCAUUACAAGCAGCUCUUUCUACUCCUUUGGCAUUGCCAACUGCCGAGUUAACAGCUGACCCCUUCCUUUCAAGCACAGUUGGUUUUUUUUUCCCCUGCAAAUCAGUUUUGUAGUGCUGUGCUCCUCCUGCUUCUCUGUCCCUCCAAGCCUGAAGUACAUGCAUUUGUGUGUGAUCUCUCUGAAAUGAUUUUGUUGUUUGUUAGUACAAUUCUGUACAGUAGUAUAGAGGUUUUGUAGGCUCCACUAUGGUGAUUAUCCUCUGAGGACAAGAUCUUUCUGCUUUUUAGUGAGGUUCCCCAAAUAGUAGCAUCUUUCCUUAGAAGUAUUUGGUCACAUCAGAGCGGUCAGCUCAUUUUAAGAUAGCUGUAAAUAAGUUGCUCAAGCAGAUGUUUAAAAACAUCUGAACAUAGAAGUGUUCAAAACUUACUUCUUUGAGGAGCUGCUGUUAGUUGUAACUUGAGCCAAAGGUCUUUGUCAAGGUCUGGGUUAAACAGACAAACCGAAGUGCUAGGAAAAAUGACUUAACACUCCUUUUGUUCACUGCUAGUUGCACUUGCUUUAAGCUGAUGUGACCUCUGAAGGCUGCAGUUCACCAAGACAUGCAGCACUUCGCUCCCCACUACCUCUGAAAGUCAGUUUGGGAAGAGACUGCUUUAUUCUUUAUCCUUAAGGAUGAACUAUAAUAAGGGCCAAUUGGAUCAAAUUUGAGACAUCCAAGACACUGUUUAAUUUUGCACUGUGCUGUCAUUCAAUUUCCCUAUAGCAUAUCUAAACUAAAUGUGUUCUCUUCUGUACAAAAAUACUGCCUCCUGGGAGAUUUAAGGCAGACACUGCUUUUCUAGGACAUUUGUUCUGCACAGACCUUUCUCCCUUCUGUGCUGUCUUCCUGUAAAAUCUUCUACCUUUGGAAUUUGCCAUAGGAGUCCUGUAGGUAUUACUCAUCAGUUAAUCCUUUCUUGGGCUACACUGGCUUUUGACAGAGGAAUGUUGCUUUUGCUGUUUCAGAAGAGCAGUGUUUCCAAGAGAAGAGUCUUUUGUUUUCUGACUAAUCCAUUUUCCAUCAUGCAGCAUGUUUUUAUCUGCUUGCCUGCUUUUAGUGCAAGCUCCUUGACUGAGAACUACAUCUGUGGCUUUGUAGGCUGCCAUGGACAUGAUUAGCAAUAUAGUAAGGAGGGGGAAAUCAUUGCAGUUUCUGGUGAUGGUUUCUUCUGGGUGGUUUUAAGCAAGUUCACUGCUCUGUAUUUUUCUUUCCUUGUCUCAUCUUUCACCAGUCUGCUCUGCUUAGAAAACCAUCUUUGCAGUACAGGAUGCUUACCUUUGGGGGCUGUGUUUUUACAGUAGGGCCUGCCUCGAGUUUGAUGCUUUUAGAAGCCAAUGUACUGCACAUACUAAUAAAGAAAAUGAUUUUGCUGGGCAUCUGUUAUGCCAGGAGGUGUUCAGAGACUUGCUCAAGGACACAGGUUAUAGGACAAUCCUUGCAUCUAUUUAGGCUAAACUAGAUAUUAACCCUUCACCUGGGAGCUUGCAGAUUGAAAUCCAGACUCUCCUAAUAGGGUGAAGCUUGCCUUUUGUUUGACCCUAGUAGACAAAACCUGUGCUGCAGCAUCAUCCAGUUCCCAGUGUUCAGCUUUUGAAGGUGUAAGGGCUGAUUUGAGUUAAAUUCACUAACCUGUGCAUGUAUAAAAACAUUUCUCCCUUCCCUGCCCUGUAAAAAAGACACAAUUUUAUUGCAGGAUUUGGCAUCUCAGAAAAGGAGUAAAAAACUCUUUUGUGCUGCUUGGUUUCCUGAUUUGCCUUUUCUUGGUACUUUUCAUAUUGCCAUCUUCCUCAAAGUGUCUUCCUGCAGUAUUCCUACAUAUGCAAAGCUCCCUGUCACUGUUGUGCCGCCUUUCUGGCGUCCACUGUCACCUUACCUGCUGCUCUGCUGAGACCAUUAGAAAGCUUCACGUUGGCUAACGUAGGCCACCCUGUCUCCAGCUUCCAGCUUAUGCCAAGUGCUUCUGCUGCCUGUUUGCAUCAUGCUCUGAAAAAGUACAACCCUACCCACUUCCAAACAACACACAAGCUAUUCCAAGACUGCUUCCACGUGCUCUUUUGAUUUCUUUAGGGAGAUUUCAUUCCAUUCCUCCUACGAGGUUUGCAGUCCUUGAAUCUUCAUGCUAGUUGAUAGAAAAAUCUGUCUGUACACCUUCUGCUACCUGCUGUGGAAGCCCUUUAGUUCUGGAUUGUCAGCUGUACCUCUCCAGUCUCUCUUGUAUCUACCUCUUAAGUCCUCUUACCUUCUACCUGCUCAGAUAUUUAACUUAAAAACUGUGUUAACUGUUUGUGUGAUUAACGACUUUAGCUGUGUGAAGAAAAGCCUGGCUAAAGCACUCAGUGCCAUGGUCUAGAUGACUGGACAGGGCUGGGUGCUAGGUUGGACUGGAUGAUCUUGGAGGUCUCUUCCAACCUGCUUGAUUCUGUGAUAUAUCUUGAAUAAAAGUUCUGUACAAAGCAAGUGUGGCAAACAGUAAUCUGAAGAAGGCUAAGUUUGCCCUAGAGGAUUCCCAAAGUGUUGUCAGCAAAUGCAGGUUUGAUUUCACUUGUGAAGUAACAAGAGGCUAUGUUAAAACCCAGCAAGACAGUGUUAUUACAGACCGUGGGCUGAAGCCAGUGGAUUUUAAUGUCUUGCUUAAGUGAAGAUAACAGUGACAAACAGUGGGUGAUUGAAAGGCGCUUGGUUUAGUUUAGAAGCAUUGUCUGCAAAGUUAAAACAGCUGGUUUCUUUUUAACAGCUUCUCAGUUGCAAUUACAAACCAUUGCAAGCUCUUCAAGUGGAGUUUGUAUGAAAACACUGAAUAAAGCUUUCAUUUGAACAGUCUGUAUUACCUUUGUUCAUCCCUUCAAGGGGUUUAGGACAACCUGCUUGAUUUGUGGAUGCAUGUUCUUAAAAAUAGGAGCUAGGGUAAAUGAAAACACAAACACAUGUAAAUAUGGAAAUGCUUCUUGAAAGGAAUACAUUUGUUUUGUGGUCACCAAUGCAGUGUCUGGAUGGCUCAUUGAGCACUGGAAAUCAUUUUAUUCUGUGCAUCAGUUAAAACUAACAAUUUUAGCACAGGUCAUUUGUUACUCCUGAAACUCUGCUCAGGAGUUCAGGUAAGGUUUGUUGUAGUUACUAUUUCUCAACGCUCAGAAGAGAGCUGAAUCUAUAAACCUGCUGAUGAUAGCAGAUUGUGAUUCAAUAGUCUUUGUAUUUGCAGAGGAAUGAUGCACAAUGCCCCAAGAGCUAAAGACAGGCAGCUUUAAAUGGUGGGGAAUGCAGGGCCAUUAUUUCAUAAAAUCACUGACAAAAGCUUUUUGUCAUCGUGCUCUUUUGCCAACUUCUUUUUACAGAAAGCAGCAAACCAAUGCAGCUGUACUAAGCAGAUACAAGAAAAUAAAGUACAAUGCAGGCAAAGAGGCCUGCCAGACUGAAAUGUAUUUUGUCACUAACAGCAUUUGGCUCUUUUCUUCCUGCAGCUUUCUCCUUCAAGUGAAUAAUUCAUUUGUAAUUCCAGGAUUUCUAAGAUGUUCCCCUGUAUGUUCUGUUGAUGAUUAAAGAAAUGAAGGCAAUAAAUAAGAAGGCUGUUCUA